CAGACCGCAAUAUGGCGAGAAUUUCUGCCAGCGGAGACGCAGAACAGGAGAGGAUGAGCCGCCCGGACGAGAGCGCUGAGAAAGAAGGAGAGGAAGAAGAGGAUGAGAUCCAGGAGGUCCGGAUCACUGGGGAGGAAGAGGAAGAUUGCGCUGAGGCAGAGUGCGACUCUGCAACAGAAAAUGAUGCGGUCGUUAUGCGGAGUAUGGACCGAGAAGAAGAAGAGGGGGGCGACCGAUUUGGGGGGAGCGUGCCUGCCCCGCUGGAGUCUCACCUGGAGGGCGAACGAAACCGACUGAGCGAGAACACGCGACUUGCGACCCGCUAUGCGGUCCGGAUCUUCCGAGAAUACCUGAGCGAGAAAGCCCAAAGUCCAGACUUUGAAACUCUUGACAAGGAGGCGCUCUGCGCGUUCCUGCGCUCCUUCUACGCCGAGGCGCGCUCCAAAAGUGGCCAGUUGUACAGCAAGUCUUCUCUCAUCAGCAUCCGGAGCUCGCUGAACCGCUACCUGAAUGAACCGCCCUACUCCCGCACUUUGGACCUGACCAAAGACCCGGAGCUGCGCAGCGCGAACCUGACGCUGGCCGCGGUCAUACGGCGCCUGGAGGAGCAAGGCGCGGGUCCGGUGGUUCAGAAACAAGCCAUCACGCGCUCGGACCUGCGGAAACUUUACGAGUCCGCCGUUUUUAACGUCGACACUCCGUUCGGGCUGCUCAACAAAGUCUGGUUCGAGACCUGCAUGUAUUUCUGUACGCGGGGGCGGGAGAACCAGCGCGAGCUGGAGGAGGACUCGUUCGGUCACGCAGUGGAUGAAGACGGUCGAAAGUUUGUUUAUUUCAAGGCUCUCGGUCCCUACCAUAAAUCCCGCUCGGCCGCUUGGACCAAGAGGCGCCCGGACCCUGACGAGGAGACGCUCCCGCGGAUGUACGAGACCGGCACCGAGCUGUGUCCGUACAGCAGCUUCAUCAAGUUCGUGUCCAAGCGGAACCCGCUGUGCAGCGCCUUCUUCCAGCGCCCGCGAGACCAGUGCUGCGCGAGCGACGUCACGUGGUUCGAGAACAAGGCUAUCGGCAAGAACCUGCUGGGAACGCGGAUGCAGAUGUUGUCGCGGGCAGCGCAUUUGUCCAAGACGUACACAAACCACUGCAUCGGCGCCGUCUCCAUAGCGACACUCAACAGCAUCGUUGGUCCCGGGCCGGCGUCGCACUGCGUUGCUACGGAGACAGUUCCCGCCAAACCUCAGCUGCAGCUCGUGGUAACGCGCCCGGAACAGGUGAUCGAGGUGAAGCCAGAGCGGACCCACGCGGUUGGAGUUCGGAGGAGGGCAGCCGAGGACACGGCGUUGGAACCGAAUUACAAGAAGCCAUGUGUGCGCGUCAGAUCGGAGGCUUCUGAGGGAGAACAGAGGGAACUGAAGACCGCCUCCCGCUGCACCACACAGGCAGACCUACAGCCAGAAGUCAACACACAGGACGGCUUGAUCAGUUUGGUGAGUCAGCCGCAGUUUUCAGGAGUCUCCCUUGGUGUACCGAGCCACGCACAGUUGACCAAAACCAACGCACCCGUUCACAUCGACGUAGGCGGACACAUGUACACCAGCAGCUUGGCCACGCUCACCAAGUACCCAGGGUCACGGCUCAGCAGACUGUUUGAUGGCUCAGAGCCGAUCGUGCUGGACACACUGAAGCAGCACUACUUCAUUGAUCGAGAUGGGCCCAUGUUCCGAUACAUACUCAACUUCCUACGGACCUCUAAGCUCUUGCUACCUAAUGAUUUCAAGGAAUACUGGCUACUUCAUGAGGAGGCCUCUUUCUUCCAACUGGAUCCUCUUCUGGAUCAACUAGAACUCUGGAAGACGGAGCAGGAUCGUGUGUGUCUGGACUGGCAGUGUGUGCUGGUCCACGUGGCCCCAGAGCAAGGGGAAAGGAUCAGCCUGAGUGGCCGUCGUUCCUGGAUCCAGGAGGUUUUCCCAGAGGUCAGGGAAGUCCUAUGCAAUUCCCAAAGCACUGACUGGAACUCUGACACACACGUCACCCAGUUUCCACUAAACAACUACUGCCCAUUGAACUCAGUGCAGGUGUUGGAGCGUCUGCAGCAGAGAGGAUUCUGCAUCACAGCUUCGUGUGGUGGAGGGGUGGACUCAGCUCAGUUUAUGGAAUACCUACUACAAAGAGAAGACAAGUGGAACCAGCAACUGAGACGCAUUGCACAGCUUAAGAAGGAAGUGCUGGAAUAGACUGUUUGAUGAACUAUGUAAAAAGUAAACAAAGGGCAUCAUUUAAUUUCAAAGUCAAACUACUGCAACCAAAAGGAAAGUGUGGAGGAAUAAAUUUUUUAAAACAUG